UCCUGAAUUUGUAAGCCUUGAUAUUAUACCAACUACCAGAAGUCGCAUAUAAACGUCAUAAAAUAUCAUCAAAUUCAUUCGUACGGGUUCAAGUAAGCGAAGCAUCACAGUACAGAUGAACAAACGCGAUUGCAAAUAUGGCGCCGAAUGUUAUCAGCAGAAUCCUGCGCAUAAAGAAAAGUUUGCUCAUCCUGUGAAAUCAGUAGCCGAAAACAGUACAGUUCAAGCGAUUACGUCUAUCUCUGGUAACAUGGAAAUCAAGAAACGUUCAAUGGAAACCCUUAAUCAACAGCUGGAAGAUAUCAAACGUUAUAAACGUCUCUCAUCUCCAGAAAAAGAUAAUUGCUAUUCAGAAGGGAAAGACUCUAGCUACGAAUAUCAUGAUUUAACUCGCCAGCGUUAUGCUGUGCCAAAGGUGCCUAUGAGCAUUGGUAUUUUGCGCGAUAUUUAUGAUUCCCAAAUUGAAUUUUCCCAACAAGCCGAAUACAAGGAAUUGUGCAAUGAACCUAAAAAAUUCAUCAAACACAAAUUUCUUGUCCUAAUGCCACCGUGCUUCGAAGAUCUGUGGCAGUUUUGCCAAGUACAAGCAUUGAAAACUCAGAUAAAACCGGAAGAAACAUUUUUGCAGUUCGGACUUAAAUUGGUUGGGCCAUACGACGUUCUCGCAGGAAAGUUUGACCGCGCGAAAGUUCACGAACCUGGAGAUUAUUUGCGCCAUUGGAGUUUUUUCUAUGAUCCACCUGAAUUCCAAACGAUAAUCGUGCAACAAAACUCUGGUGUACAUUACGGCUAUUGGAGAGAUAGUCCAGAUAACACGGAUGGUUUAGUGGCCUGGAACGAUGUCAAAAAAGGCUGCGAGUUUCUAAUUGUUGGUGAAAACAUUUUUGAUGCAAUAUUGCAUUUCUUGGGAAACUAUGCAUCUGUGACGCCAUUCAACAAAAAAAUUUCUGAUAUGAAAAAACUUAUCAGCGAUUGGGCUCAGUCGAAAGACAUUGCUUUAAAAUGCUGCGAGAAACAAAAGUCUCGCAAGGCACAGAUAGUUAGCAAAACAUUCCACAAGGUUGGUCUGGUGGUUCCUUACGAUAGGAAGACCAACAUAGGAUAUAGACCUCUGCUAGAAAGUGAUGAAAAAAUUCGAGCCAUUAUUUCCAAAUUCGAAAAUCUGAAUCGUUUUGAAAAUAACCUCGAAUACCAAGAACUAAUGAGAGAAUUACAGCCUAUAAUAACCGCUGCAGAUUUGGCAACAGACGAGUGUGAUUUCGGAACGGUCCUUGAACUUGCGUUGGACUUCUUCUGCUCUGGUGUGAAAAGUCUACAUGAGGUCAUGAAGCCUCUUUUUUUUACCGGAUAUUCCAUGGUUAAUCGCCCUCAAUACAUCGCCAUCAUAAAGUCUCAUUUAGAUAACCGCAGAGAAGGUAUUAAUUUGGAUUUGCUCGCGGGUAAUUGAAAUAAACUAUUCAAAUAUUCCAUGUUGAGCUCCCUUAUUUUAA